AUGGAGCAUAUCCUGGAGGCAAUUUAGUUGUAUUGAGCUGGCCGGGCUCAUACGGAGACGGCUCGUCACUACGGUCUGACUGGCUACAUCACCGAGAUGUUGAACGCCCUUCAACUGUGCGCGUUGGCGGGGCUGGUCGCGCUGAGCGAGUGCCGGCCGGAUAAGAUGCGUCCGCUACACAUCAUCAAGACGCGCAGCAUAGAUCUGAACUCAGCGCACGGACUCGCCAUGGAGAACCGGCUGGACAAAGCGGUGGAGCCGACGGGCUACCGGCUUGAACUUGAGCCUUAUUUAGAAGACGCAUUGUAUAAAGGUCACGUAAGCAUCAACGUGACGUGGUUGGAGGAGGCCAACACAAUCAGCCUGCACUGUGCGCACGAGAUCGAAGUCACCGAGUCGGAAGUCAGGGCCUACAUACCGAGUGACUCGAAAGUGGCGCAGAAGAUUGCAAUAAAGAAAACAUCGCGCGACCCUCGGAAGCCGACGUUCACCAUACGCCUGGAGAAGUCCGUGCCGAAGUCGUCAACCGGUCACAUCAACUUUAGCUUCAAGGGCAACAUGGAGACUGGUACCACGGACGCGUUUUUCAAAACCACUUACAUCACAGACCAAGAUGUUGAAAGAAUGGUAGCAGGAACACAGUUCCGUCCCAACAAUGCGCGCAGAAUGUUCCCGUGUUUCGACGAGCCGGCUUUCAAGACUCCCUUCGAAGUCAGCGUGGUCCGCCCGAAGACCAUGGUGGCUCUUAGCAACACGCCUGUAGCCAGGACUGAGGAAAUCAAUGGCGAACCAAACGCAGUGUGGGACCACUUUGAGAGGACUCCGCCCAUGUCGACGUUUACUUUGGGACUGGUCAUUGCCGACCUCAAGCAACUGGGGGAGACCACUAUGUACAAGGAUGAUAAUGGAAAUGAUAUUGAACUUCGCGUUUGGGGCCGCCCCGAGUUUUUGCAAGCUUUGGACGGUGUCAAUGAUAAGGUGGCGCUGGUGUUCGCCGAGGUGGCCAACUUCUGGCAAGUGCCUCUGCCGCUGCGUCGGCUGGAUGUCGUGGCUUUGCCCAACUACCAAGGAGUUAAACCUGCUGAUAACUGGGGGCUGAUCGUUUUUAAGGAGAGUGACCUGACCAACCGUGGCUACCUGCAACUGGCGCAGGAGAUCUCGUACCAGUGGCUGGGCGCCCUCGCUACUCCGGCCUGGUGGUCGGAUGCUCAUCUCAACAAGGCGCUCGUUGGAUAUCUAGCAGCGGAGAUCGCUUAUAAGAUCGACAACGGUUCGGAGAUGGAGGGUAAAUGGCCGAUGACGGUGCUCUACUCGCUGUACUACGAGUUCAGCAAACGCUACCCGCACUCCCGCAUCACGGGGAUGAAGCAGGAGACCACGUGCACCAAGAUUGAGCUGCUCUUCCGCAUGUUCAACUACACCAUCGGCGGAGACACGUUCAGGAAAGGGCUGAGAGUGUUCAUUGAGUCCAGAAAAUUCAAAACCUUCACUGGCGAUGAUAUUUGGAAAGACUUGAACGAAGCGGCACUCGCAGAAGGCAAUAUACCCAAAGACGUGGACAUCAAGACGGUGACCGCCAGUUGGAUCGACAAGGACAGGUUACCGCUUGUCACUGUUAAGAGGAAUAUUGAUACCAACUCUGCUAUGCUUACCCAGAAAGUAUACCUCCGUGAACGACCACACGAUGUCCCUGAUGCUGCUAAAAUGUUGUGGUGGGCUCCCAUCGUGGUAGCACGCAGCGACAAUCUGGACUUCACCAACACUACUCCCAUUGCUUGGAUGAGGAACCACAAGGAUUUGAAUCUCGUGAAUAUGCCUGACAAGGACAACUUCAUCAUUGUUAAUCCUGAGGAAAUUGCCCCCUUCCCAGUAAACUACGACACACACAACUGGUACCUCCUUUCCGAAUACCUCCAAGGCGAAGACAGGAUCAGAAUACCUGAACUUACUCGAGCCAAGUUACUCCACGACGCGUGGAACUUGGCCUAUGCCGGGGAGUUGUCCUUCGCUACUGCUUUAAACAUGACGCUCUUCCUGAAACAAGAGAGACACCAUAUGGUCUGGAGCCCCGUGUUCACGAUGAUAGAUCACAUCGGGAGGCAUAUAUGCUCUUGCAUGCAUGACAAGUUUAGGGCUUACGUAAGAACUCUUCUUACGCCACUGUACGUUGAACUGAAGAGAGACGCUAGAGAUGACGAGGAAAACUGGAGGAAGCAGCUUCGCUCCAGUACCAGGCACUUCCUCUGCCACGCGGGCUACCAGCCUUGUAUACAGGACGCGCAGGAACAGUACAGGAAGUGGAUGCAGUCUCCUAACCCAGAUGAAGGGAACCCUUUACCAAACCUGUACAUCUGCCCAGUAUUCAAAUGGGGAACGCAAAAGGAGUGGAACUUUGGUCUCCAAAGAGUGAUAAGUUUCCCACCGUCGAGGAAGCAGAGUGAAAGGACAUUUCUGUUGAAAACUCUUGCUGGCUGCCCUAUAGAAGAGUUCAAGAUCGAAAAGCUGUUGAAUAUAACACUCCUGGAAGGAAAUGGGAACUUCACCGAAACAGACUUGUUAUUGAUCUUCAGCAUGCUCACCGGCAGCUCGCAGGGCUACACUACUCUGUUCCACUUCUUGAGCAAUAACUGGGAAGUGCUCAAGGAAAAAUACUCAAGCAAAGCCAACGUAUGGGACAAUCUGAUCAAAGCAGCCACGACUGAGUUCACAACACAGGAGGGUCUAGACCUCGUAUCGAACCUCUAUGUGGCCCAUCAAGGAGAAUUCGGUUCCGCCGAGCAUAUCAUCGAGAAGGCUAUGAGGAACAUCAGAGAAGAGGCCAAAUGGUCUGCAGAGAACCUCCCUGUCAUCGAGCAGUGGUUGGACGAGUAUUUAAAAUCUUCAGAGACAAACAAUGAAUAGUAGAGACCUGGUAUCUGCACCCCGCACUAUGAAAUAAGGUUUCAAGGGUCCAGUCUCUCAACGGUACAAGUAUAAAACGCAUUUUUGAUGUGAAACAUCUAUAGCCGCACGUAAAACCACGAUUUCUGGCGUAGCGACGCGUCGCGUAUUUAUCAGAUAGUUGGAAUAUAAAUCAGAUAUUUUUUUUAAUUUGUUUAUUUAUUUUUUUGCAUAAAUGUGUUUUCUAUGUCCCCAGUUUUUGCUAUUUGUAAUUCGUAUAAAUAUGUGACGGUUUCUCAAAAACAACUGAUCUAGUUUGGAUGUGGUUUUCGUAAUCUAAAUGCAUAUUUUAAGGAAAGUUUUUUCAGUUAAAGGCUCUGUUAUAUAAAAUAUGGAAGCUGUUUGAUUUAAUUUAUAAAAAAAAAUCCAUCGGAAAGAUUACCUUAUUUUAUUAAUUCACAAUGUAUAAACAGCUGAAAUAAAUGUACCUACCUAUAUUUAAGAAUAACUUUUGUAUAAAUAAACUAUAAAUAAUUUAAGA